UUCAGAUGUAAGAGUGUCGGAGACAGCAGCAGCGAGUGGUAAGCUGCCUACCGUAUAAGCAGUUGAUUACAAAGAGAAAGCCACGACAGAUCACUGCGAUAGGAUCGGAAUGGUCCAUCGUUUCGUGAACGAACUUUCCAGGUGUUGCCGACCUAGUCUUCUAGUCGUCUAGUAAGUGUAGUGUUGUCAGAACGAAGUUAAGAGUGCGUAGUACUAGUAAUAACUAUCAGUCGAAUAGAAGUGCAGGUACAACAAUGUCCACCAGCGGCAAUAGGCGUGAAAGCCGGAAUAAACGGAACAAAUCCACCCAAAUAAUGAAGGACAUAGCGUAUAGUUUACUUUUCAACUUCUUCAUGAUUAUACAUAUGCUAGUUGAUAGACUAGUCGAAAUGGUCCUAAAAUGGUACUGGGGACCGAGUCGCAUGCGGUGUCCACCGCUACAGCGAAAGAGCAUCAUUGUGACCUACAGUGUCCAAGAGUUGGCAAAAAUGAUUCGAACCAAGGAAGUCACCUGCUUCGAAGUGAUCAGUGCCUUUAUCGAUCGUCUGAAUGAAGUCAAUCCAGUUGUGAACGCAGUAAUCGAUGGGCCUUUCAUUGAGGCACUGGAAGAAGCGAAAGCUAUCGAUGAUCGCAUUCAGCGAGGUCUCAUUUCGGAAAACGAAUUUGCCGAAAAGCCCUUCCUAGGAGUUCCUUUCACGACAAAGGACAGCACUGCGGUUAAGGAUAAAUUGCACACACUUGGCAUUAAAGCACGGCGCCAUGUGAAGGCCAAGGAAGAUGCCGAGUGCGUAAAACUAAUGAAGGAAGCGGGUGCUAUCAUUAUCGCUACCACUAGCAUUCCGGAAAUCAACCGAUGGCAAGAGACGAGAAAUAAUCUGAUCGGUCAGACCAACAACCCAUACGACAGCCGGCGCACGGUAGGCGGAUCAAGCGGUGGAGAAGGAGCUCUGGUUGCAGCCUGUGGCAGCGCUUUUGGACUAGGAACCGACAUCGGUGGAUCUAUCCGUAUGCCGGCAUUCUACUGCGGAAUCUACGGUCAUAAACCUACUUCAAACAUUGUCAAUACCCGCGGCUGUUCGCUGCGUACCGGCAGAGAAACUUCCACUAUGGUCGUAGCGGGACCGAUGACGCGUUAUGCUUCGGACAUGCGACCGAUUAUGAAGACCCUCGUCGGACCGAAGACUGCACAAGCUCUCAAGCUUGACGAAAAGACUGAUUUGAAGAAAUUACGUUACUUUUACAUGUCCAGCUCGGGCGAUAUCAAGUGUAGCUCGGUGCAUCCGCAGUUGCAGAGAGCAAUGAACCGCAUAGUGGAACACUUUCAGAACAUCGCUCCUGGUGGUGUGGAGAAGGUGACGCUGAGUGGUACGGAGAAAACCAGCAACAUGUGGCGUUACUGGAUGACCCAAGAGCCAGCUAACUUUAGCAACUUGCUGGGAAAUGGCAAGCAACUUUCACCUUUAGUCGAGUUGGCGAAGAAACUCACUGGCAACAGCGAGUACACAUUGGCUUCCGUUUACUCACUGAUCGACAGCAUUCUGCCUCAGGAAAAUGCUGAUAAAAUCAAAGAGAUUACCCGUCGGUGCGAUCAGGAACUUACGGAACUGCUUGGAGAUGAUGGUAUACUGUUUUACCAUAGCACGACCCACGCCGCUCCGUACCAUUACUCUGCCUUCGUGAAUGUGUACAACUUUGGCUACUGGUGCUUGUUCAACGUAUUGCACGUACCGGCCACUCAGAUCCCCCUGGGGUUGGACCCUGAUGGCUUACCAUUGGGCAUUCAGAUUGUCGCCAGUCGCAAUCGUGAUCGGCACUGCCUGUCAGUUGCCGAAGAGAUUGAACGUACAUUCAACGGACAUAUUCCACCGUUCAUCAUAGAUUAAGCUUAUGAGAGAAGUUUGAAUAUUUGGUAUAGCUAAUCCGUUUUGUUUUGAGGAUCUUUUAUUUUGGUAGUCCGUAAGGUGCUACUCGGGUUAUCAGGUAUUACUUUUUCUACGGUAAUUUAUGUUGAGGCUUGCUCAAGUGAGAUCGAUUGACUUUCAUGUUUUAAUGAUGUAAUGAAAUAAUAAA